AUGGCGCUCUGUGGAUUUUCGGCUCUUAUUGGAUAUAGUCCUUGCGGGACCAGUACAGACUAUCCAGAUCAAGUGCACUCUGUUGCUAUAUCUGACUGUCAAAAAGAUAUUUYCAGGCAUCUGGAAAUAUUUGGCAUUAGUGAAGAUUCGUCCCUGGAUAAUGAAAUGAUGUUAUUGUUGGCUCGUGCAGGUAUAUUCUCACCCGAUGAUUCUCACAAAGCAAUAACGAUAUGCCCAAAGCAUCGAGCUGAAUACGGAAUUCGGUGGCGAUGUCGCAAAGUUAGAUGUUCCGUACCACACCCCCUGGCUGCUCACAAAACUUCUACGGUAAAAGCCACGAGGCGAAUUAACACGAGACAAUCCUCAUUUAUUCUGGGUAAAACAGGAGAACUUAUUGCUGUUGGAUCACCAAUAUGUAAGACGUGCAGCGCAUAUAUAAAAAGCAUUGCAGAAGAACCAGAAGAACAAGAUGCAUCCGUUAUUGAAUCUGAACAAGACACUGUGGAAAUCACUCAGAAGAGGGAAAAAGAAACAGCUGAUGAGACUGGACUUAUAGAGUCCCUCAAUAAACUGCAGAUUGAAGAAGUUACUAUUUUCAGUACGGAUACUGCGAGUACUGCGUCCACGCGAAGUGACGAAGCUACCUCUGCCAUCAAAGCUUCAGACGAGACCUUUCUGAGCCCGGAUACUGCGAGUACUAGUGCUUCCUCGUAUAGUGAUGAAGUGCGAAGCCAACCACUUCAACAACUGAACAAGUUUUUAGUAGCUUCAAAGAUUCCACCCCUUCAAAGACGAUGGUUAGACUGGAAUGAGAUCAGUGAAGUGACCAAACAACGCWAUACAAAGAGGAGCGCUGAGAUUGUAGCUGCUGUGCUCCAAACUGUUUCUCCUGACAACGCUGGACACCUCUGGCAAGCUCUGAUAUCAUCCAGCACGACUAGUAAGCUCCUUGGUACUGAUGAGCUAACAAAGGUAGACCACCGCUACCUAGAGGCCCUUGCAGAAACCUACAAUAAUGCGUCUAGCUGGGAUACCCGCCGACAAAUCCUCUCAAUAAUGGCUGGUUUAGCGAGCUCCAGUGUAACAAAUUCAUAUAUUCCUGGUCUUACCAAGUACCGUCCGUUACACUUCAGCAAACUUACAUCGUCUUCAGCUUGGUAGAGGUGUACCAGUUCCUGUUCAAAAAGCAUCACGUAUCAAAGUAGAUCCAAAGCAGCUCAGUCAUUUCUUAUCCUUUAUUACUAGUCCGCAUUUGGUCCAAGACCUCCCUUAUGGCCAAAAACAUCUUACUCUUUCCUCUGGUCAAGUCCUAGAAGUGCCUAAUGUGAUACGCACUAUGAUACCUCGUCGAAUUGUGCUACAGUAUGUUCGA